AUGCCCAAAGCAGGCGAAAACAGCUACGAGCAGAGUGAAGAGACGGAGGAGGAGGGGAUGAGGGGGAAGGGGCCCCCCCGGAGGGAUAGAGGCAGCUCGGCGGGCUCAACAUAUUCGGAAGAUGACGGUGGGGGGGCCAGCGAGGAGGGAGAAGUGGAAGAAGUGGAUGAAGAGGAUGAAGAGGAUGAAGUGGGCGAGGAGGACGAGGAGGACGAAGCGGAUGAAGCGGACGAAGCGGACGAAGCGGAUUUGGAUGACGACCUCGAUGAGGGAAUCCACGGGCGGAACGAGGAAAGCGAAAAGCUGGAAGAAGACAUCUUCAACGAAAAUAAUUUGCUGCACGCGAUAAAAACGAGGGAAGUGCUGGAGCAGGAGAUCCUCGUGCUCUUCAGCAAUAUGCUGAAGAAGGAGGUCACGUUAAGCAAGGAUAUGAAGAGUGCAACUCGGGAAGAGAUAUCGGCUUACAAAGGAGAUCACGUAGAUGAGGGGGGAGACGAACCCACCCUGGAGGGGAAUCAAAAGGGGGGUGCAAACAAAAAGAAAGAGCCAGAAAAGAAAUCCAAUUUGAAGAUAAAGAAUAAGGACGUAUACAAUUUUAUAUACAGUAAGAUGAACUUAGGCGCGGACAAGAAGAGGGAAGAUAAGGGGGCGGACGGCCCAGGUGCGGAGGCGGGUCUCUCCCGGAAAAAGGGACACGGCAGUGGUGGCAGUGGUGGCAGUAGUAGCAGUUGGAGGGGCGGAAGCAACCAUCUGCAAAGCGGCACUGAGCAGGCGGAAAAGGAGCACUACAUCCUGGACACCAACGUGGUGAACAUCCUAAACGACAUCAACACGUAUUUGAAAAGGGAGAGGGACUUCCUCAAUCGGAAAUUUGGAAGCCACAUAGACUCGACCUUUAAGAACCCAAUGUAUGUAACUCUCUACAUCUAUAACAAUGAUAUCUUGAAGGACAUAAUUCUUCAGAUGAUUAACAUCGUAAAGAACGAAUUUGAUAGCUCCAUUUAUAGGGACAUCGACGAGACCAUGUUGGCCAGGAACAUCUUCAUCCUCAUCAACCACCUCACUUCUAGACCGAGCAAGGAAUGGUUCAAUUACUGGAAUAAGCACAUGCCGACUUUCAAUAACAAGAGGAGCGAAUUUAAUGUGUAUAGUUACCUUCAAAUUGAGAAGAGCGAAAGGAAAGUAUUUUCCGGCGUCCUAAAGAAGGACAUCUACUUCAAGGAGCUACAGAAACGGUCCAACAUCAUCGAGCAGUAUCAAAAUGGACUGCAAAGUUUGAAGUGCCUUCUGUCCAGUCGCAACUUCCUAACCUACCUGAACGAGUUCAGGUACAAUUGCCAACUGUUCAUCGACGCUGAUUAUCGCGGCAUUGAGGAGAAUGAGAAGGUCCUGGAGAUGCAGCGCAGGGACGCGGAGCUGGUCGAGGAGAAGGCCCGCCUCAAGGAGGAGCUCCACUUCUGCCGCGAGCGGCUUAGGGGGGAAGCGGCGGAGGGAGGCGAAGCAGGCGGUGAUGAAGUAGACGGUGAAGGCGGUAUCGACGGUGACGAAGCAGGUGGUGAAGGUGGUAACCUCUCCUCCGGGGGGGAAGAGGCCGGCCAAGGGGACGGCGCCGCCAAACCGAGGAAAACGAACAAACUCGUGCGCAACAAAAUGGCCAACCUGAAGAGGCGAAUCGACGAAAUCAACGAGGAGCUGCUCGAAGUGGCCAACUUCUUCCUGGAGGACAAGAAGAAGCGGGAGAGGCUGGUGCACGAGUACCGGGAGAACGUCCACCUGGUGCGGAGCAUCCUGACGCAGGUGCUGGGCAUUAGGAACCCCCGCAGGAGCAACGCCAUCAACUCCAGCAACGUGCACUACGUGAUUCUGCAGAACGUGCUGGACAGCCACAGCGCCCUCACGCUCAUCGUCGAGGAGAUGAGGCACCUCUUCGACCGGGAGCUGAAGAAGUACGACGGCGAGAAGAACAUCCACAUCCCCUACCUGCGGCAGAACACGAUGAAGGAGAUAUGGGACUACGUGCGCCUCUUCUACAACGUCGUGUGCUACAUCGACCCGAUCGACUUGGUCCGGUCCCUCACGCACCAGGCCCCGCCGCGGAGAGCCGGCAUCGCCGCAGUUGGCGGUGAAAGGAGCGGUGAUAGAAGCGGUGAUAGAAGCGGUGAAAGAAGCGGUGAAAGAAGCGGCGAAAGAAGCGGCGGCACAAUCGGCGGCACAAUCGGCGGCAGAAUCAGCGGCGGAGUUGGCGGUGGCGACACUGCGCGAGGCCACCCCUCAAACCCCCCAGCGAAGAAGGCGGCUGCGGCCGCGGCCGCGCCCGCGGCCAAGCGGGCGAGCCUGCUGAAGCCCAGGAAGAACAACCAAAUGAUCAUGCACCUCUCGAGGAUAAACCCACUGCUAGCCAAAUCGAAGGUGAGAAAGCCAAAUGAAGAAAAACACAUGAAAAAAAAAAAAAAAAAAUUCAUAGAGAGAAAAAACCUAAUAGAUCACUACGAGAACUUCUCCUUCGAAGAUCUGUCCUUCGACAUCUUCGAAGAGAAGAAGGGGGGGUCCUUCCUCAAGGGGAACAUCCUGGACACGUUCGACCACAGCAAUUUGUACCGAGUGCAGGAGUUCCUAAACAGCAUCAUAGGGAUAAAUGAAGAGUUUGAGAAUGUCUACGACGGGGGGGGGGGCCACCAUGGAGGGGAUCACCACGUGGAGAGCGAUCGCAUGGGACAGGGAGACGAGGACGGGUUCAACUACUCCCUUAAGGUUUUCCUAAACGUGUGCAUCAAAGACCUCAGGAGGUGCAUAGUCGAACACUACAAUCACCAGUGGGAUGUAAAGGUCAUCCUUAAUAUACACGCCUGGAUCGUUACCUAUUACACCAAUUUUUACCUGUACGAGAAUAGGAAGCGGCUGAAUAACUGCCGAAUGGGGAAAGGCACCUCCGCUAGGUACUCGCCAGCUAGCCAUUUUUACAACGGGGAAGAACCCGUAAAGGAGGGAAAACAAACGGAAGAUGAGCCCUCCCUGUUCAUCUCCAGAAUUCAAAUGGUCCUAGGAAUGCAGGCGUACAUAGGAGAUAACAGCAUCCACUCGGAAUUCCUGUGCGACACUUUCCAGAGGUUAAUAAGAGAGGAAAAAAUGAAAAAGAACAGUAGCAAAAUUAUUAUGUGCUGCUUAAGGUGCCUACAUGCAGAUCUAAGUUUGCUAGAUUUGCAUGCCCUGUCUACUGACGACAAUGUGAAAUCCAUCUGUAAAUCCUCUUUGGAUAAUCUUUUGAGGAGGAACAUCUUGAACAGCUUAAGUUGGAUUUUAAAAAACUUCAAACUGAUGAGUCACGACAGGAGUAUCUUCACCUACGCGCUUAAGUGCGCCCUGAUGGUAAUCGAGUUGCUGGAAAAGUUGGGGGGCAGCACGUACAUCCUCAAGCGGGGCAGCAAGGUCUACGACGAGGAGGGGGAAGAGGAAGAGGAGGGAGAAGAGGAAGAGGAGAUGUACAGCCAAGACGGAAGCGAUGAGCAGCAUGGGGGCUACAAAAAACACAGUAGAAACACCAAAGGGAGCAACCCAAAUGGGGACUACGCCGCCGAAGCGAUUGAGAGAGUCAGCGUGAUGGACCUAAUAGAAGAAAUCUACAGCGGGAAAAUCGUCAACACGUGCAUGCACAUUAUUGAAGAGUACAAACGGAACAGCGUCCAAAUCAACCACCUAAUCAUUAGCUUCUUUGAACUUUUGCUGAACCAUAAAAACAACGAUUAUAAUUUUUUACUUUUCUUUGAUAUGAAAUAUUUUAUUAUUUUUAUGAACAUAAUAAAUGACCCAGAGAGCUACACCAAUCCGAGGUACCUCUGGAUUGCCUCCUUCUUUGAGAAUCUAGUGGCCUGUUUUUUUAAGCUCUGGAAUAGUAACUACCUGCUGCCUGUGGAGCUCUUCUUUAGCAAGGCCAUCAAUAGAAACGCCUUCAGCUUGCUAAGCGAGAAAUAUAUGCUCUCCAUUUUUAGCAACUACAGUGAAGGGAAUGAUCACUUCGUUUUCGAGGAACUCAACAAGGGGACACACAUCAAUGACAUCUUCAUAGAGAUGAAUAGCCGCAAGAGGUUAGAAGCUCUGGAGUGGUCAGCUGAAGAUUUGGAGAGCUUAAAAAUUUACUUUAAGCAGUUCAAGCACAUGCACAACUUCCUGCCCUUCAUUAGCGAGAUGCUCAACAAGUCCUCCAGCAGCGUCAAGAACCAACUCAUCUUCCUCAACCUCAUGGACCGCAGGGGCAACGUCAUCGACGACGAGGCGGACUACGACCUGUCCGACUCGUCCGAGAGUUCCGGGGGCAGCGAAGUUGGCGAAGAGGUUGGCGGAGGGGACAGCGGAGUGGACGGCGGAAUGAACAGCGGGGUAGACCACAUGGCGGACCGCAUGGCGGACAGCGGGGCCGACACCGAAGCGGGGUCCACGCCCACCAGAGCAGCAGGCCGCACCGAGGCCCACGAGAGGAGGAAGGCCAAGCAGCCGCUCCUCUACGCCGUGUACAAGCUGAAGAAGCUGAACCAAGUGCAGGAGGAAGAGACCAGCCUCACCUCCAGUGGGAUCAACUGCAAUGUAGAUGCCGUGCUGGAAGAAGUCACCUCCAAUUUGAAGUCCCUCUACGAACUGAAGAAGCUAUCCAAAAAUAAGUUUUUCACCUAUAAGGCUCUCCUGUUUGACAUCCCCCUGAGCAUAUCCUCGGAGCUGCUCGAACAUAGCAGCUUUAAGAAGCUGCUCAGCUUGAUUGGGUUCCUCUAUAAGGAGAAUGGCGACGAGUGGGUUCUAAAUGAACACUUAGAUGUGGACAUUUUCAGGAGCAUUGUGGAAAAGUGCGAGGAGCUCUUUCCCCUGUCGCUGGAGGAGUUGCGGGCGAGGUUGCGCGCCCCAGGGGGGGACAAGGCCGCCCAGGGGAGUGGCACUGCAGAUGAGGGAGAGGAGCGCCAGCAGCGGGGUGGCACUGGAGAUGGCGGCGAAGUUGACAGCUCACUCCCCCCCCACACCGACGCGCAGCUGCACCUGCUGGAGCCCCCCAAGCUCAAGGGGACCUUCGCCCUCCUCAAACUCAUGUACGACCUCUUCAUCUCGAAUGAAGACGACUUCAGAAUCUUCUUCAACGACGUGGUGAACCUCAUUAGGGACAAAUGUAGUUCCAUUUUCCAGAGCACCACCACAGAGGGGGAUACAAAGGAGAGGAAGGACCUCGGCACAGAAAAUGGCACAUCUGCUUCAGCAGCUAGCCAAAAGAGUGAUGAUCCCAAUUUAGACCACUACACAAUUUUCCUAGAACCCAAAGAUAGACAGGUUCUGAGAAGGUGCCAGAAGAAGCAAGUCCUCUCACAGUUGCUGCAAUACAUCUGGGUGUUCCUCUCCAAAUCGGAGCAUCUCAUCAUCUCCAAGCACAUAAAUGAAAAGAAUUUUUCCGAACGAUUCCGAGUGAUUAACAACUACAAGACCCUGGGGGUGUCCGAACUUGAAAGCAUCAUCUGUCAGAAGCAAUCCGAAAUAGAUGAGAAGAAGAAACAAAAGAAGGAGACCAAACCGACCUCUCAACAGAAGUUUUUUUUUAUAAAACGCGUUUGUGAGUACCUACACAGAGCAUACGUUCCUGUCAGUAUGGGCCCCAUCAGCACUGGACGGAACUGCCCCCUGAAUGAGACCUACUUCGGGGGAGACAAACUGCUCACCUGCAUUUAUGAGAAGCUGAAUUCUUGGAACGCCAAGCGGAGCAAGAGGGGCGACGACGCGCAGUGCUUCUCCGUGGUUGCCAGGGAUUUGCUAAGCUACGUCGCCACGCCGGCUGAAUCGAGCACUGCCCCCGACGCUGUCCCUAACGCCGUCCCCGCCGCUCAAUCAAGCGCCGACGCGCAUUCCUUCCUCCCCCUGGUUGAAAACAUCUGCGCCGCUCUGAAAGCCUCGGAGGAAGAAGGGGGGGUCCUGAAGUGGCACCCCCAGCAGGUGCAGAGGCAGUGGCUCAAAAUCAUGCUCAAAUUAUUUUACAAUGUGCUCUACGACAGCGAGUACAACACGGUGGGGAACCUCUUCCUCGAGUAUAGGAACAUUAAGGAGAUCCUCAAGGACAAGUCGCCCGACUUUUUGUCUCCCCAGGGGGAAGCGACAGGAGUAGCAGCAGGAGUAGCGACGGGAGAAGCGACCGGAGCAGUCGACACACUCGGAGCAGCCGCCGCAACGGGGCUGUACAGUGGCAUGGAGGAGCUGCAGAAGGAAGACCCCUCGCAGCCGUUCACCGACGAAAUGUACCUGGUGAGCACGCAGCACGAGGCGCACACCGGCGGGGCGCCAGCCAGGAGGGCCUCGCGGGCCGGGGGUGCACCCGCAGACCAGGGCAAAAUGGACGCAGCUACGAGAAAGGCGGUCGCCGCGAGAAAAGCAGAUGCCAUUUCGAGCAAACCGGUCGCCGCUCCCAGCGAACCCCACUCCGGGGAGAUUCCCCCCCAUAAGAGAAAGCUGGCGCACACACCUGGGGAGGACUGUUCAGAAUUCUUCAAAAAGAGGAAGCUGCAAAAUGCCUACAUUAACAUGUAUAGGAAGAAUCGGAAGAGCAUCAUCGACUCGCUGCUUAAGAAUAAGAACAUCGCCCAGUACAACGAGAGUGACAUUAUCAAUCGGGUCAAGCAGGUUUUUAUAAAGGCUCGCCAGAUGGCUUCCACGGGGGACCUUCGCAACCGAUGGAAAUCUCGCGAUGACGUGAAGAGGAUACUCCUGCUGUGA